AUGGGCACCCAAGUAGACCACUUCACCAUCCCGUCAGUCCUUAAACCCUGUGGCCAAUCCACUGAUGAAGUGUUAGGAAGAGAGAUCCAUGGUCUCGCGCUAAAGGGCGGUUUGGAUUGUGAUGCUUUCGUGUGUAACGCGUUGAUCAAAAUGUAUAGUGAAUGUGGGAGAUUGGAGUUGGCACGGUUAGUAUUUGAUGUAAUGUGUGAGAGAGAUGUGGUUUCUUGGAGUACUAUGAUUAAUGGCUAUGUGAGGAACAGAGGGUUUGGUGAGGCAUUGGAAGUUAUAAGGGAGAUGCAUUGCUUGCAAGUGAAGCCUAGUAAGGUUGCUAUGAUAAGCAUGGUUGGUUUAUUUGCUGACAUUGCUGAUGUGAAAAUGGCGAAAGCAAUGCAUUGUUAUGGUGUGAGGAAUAGUGCUAAUGAGAAGCUGGUGGUUCCUGUAACUACUGCUUUAGUUGAUAUGUAUGUCAAGUGUGGGAAUUUGGGUUAUGCAAGAAGGCUGUUUGAUGGGUUGGCUGAGAAAAGUGUUGUUUCAUGGACCGCGGUGAUUGCAGGAUGCAUUCGUUACAAUGAGGUAGAAGAGGGGGUGAAACUUUUCAAGAGAAUGCUGGAGGAGAGAAAGUUUCCUAAUGAGAUUACAGUGUUGAGUUUGAUUAUUGAGUCGGGGAACGUUGGAGCUUUGGAGUUGGGGAAGUGGCUGCAUGCCUAUGUUUUGAGAAAUGGGUUUGUCGUGUCUUUGGCUUUGGCCACUGCUUUGGUUGACAUGUAUGGGAAGUGUGGUGAAGCCGAAUAUGCGAGGGCUGUGUUUGACAGCAUCGAGGAGAAAGAUGUGAUGAUUUGGAGUGCUAUGAUAUCGGCUUAUUCACGUGCUAAUCGGACUAAUCAGGCUUCAGAGCUCUUUGCUCGGAUGGAGGAUAGUGGAGUAAGGCCAAAUCAAGUUACAAUGGUUAGCCCCAUUUCACUAUGUGGAGAAGUAGGUGCUCUUGAUCUGGGCAAAUGGGUUCAUUCUUACGUAAACCAGCAGCGUAUAGAAGUUGAUGUGAUACUAAGAACAGCUCUAGUGGACAUGUAUGCAAAAUGUGGGGAGAUAGAUGUCGCUCUCAGGCUGUUCAGCGAAGCUAUAAAUCGAGAUAGUCAGAUGUGGAAUGUCAUGAUAUGCAUGGUUGUGGUAAACAAGCUUUAG